AUGGAAACAGAUAAUAUUAAUGAGUUGUUCAAAGCACAGGCUCAUAUCUACAAGCAUGCAUUUGGUUAUGCAAAUUCCAUGGCCUUGAAUUGUGCCAUUCAUCUAGGCAUACCAGAUAUUAUACAUAACCACAGAAAACCAAUCACUCUUCCUGAGCUAGUUUCAGCACUCAAACUUCCCUCAUCAAAAUCAAUAGGCAUUUAUCGACUAAUGCGCCUGUUGGCGCACUCUGGAUUCUUUGCUACAGCAAAGAUCGACGAAAACUCAGAGACAGAGGGAUAUAUUUUGACAACUCCUUCAAGGCUGCUUCUUAAGAGUGAAUUCCCAAACUUGUCACCUUGCGUUAGAGUAAUGAUUGACCCUAUCGUUGUCACUCCUUGGCAACUAAUGCUUGAAUGGUUUCACAAUAAGAAUGAAGAAGCCACAGCAUUUGAGACAGCCCAUGGGGUACCUAUGUGGGAAUUUUGUGCACAAAAUCCAAGAUUCGACAAAGAUUUCAAUGAAGGAAUGGCUAGUGAUUCCCAAAUGAUGAGAUUAGUUGUCAAGGAUUGUAAGGAAGUUUUUGAGGGGAUGAACUCAUUGGUUGAUGUUGGAGGGGGCAUUGGGAUUAUAGCUAAGACCAUUUUUGAGGCAUUUCCUCACUUGAAGUGCACUGUCCUUGAUCUUCAACAUGUUGUUGCCAACAUGCCACAAAGUGAGAAUUUAAGCUAUGUUGGAGGGGAUAUGUUUCAAUCUAUUCCUCACGCUGAUGCCAUUUUGCUUAAGCAUGUAUUGCACAGUUGGAGAGAUGAGGAUUGUGUCAAGCUACUGAAGAAAUGCAGAGAAGCUGUUGCAGAGAAUGAAGAGGGAAGAAAAGGGAAGGUCCUUAUCAUUGACAUGAUAUUGAAUAGAAAUGAAGAAGAGCCAGACAUGACUGAAGUGAAGCUCAUGUUUGACAUGUGGAUGGCAAUGGUUUUUACUGCAAAAGAAAGAACUGAGGAAGAAUGGGGAAAGCUAUUCCUUGAAGCUGGCUUUACUCGUUACAAUAUAAGACCAAUCUUUGGCCUUAGGUCUCUUAUUGAAGUUUUCCCUUGAAAAUAUAUAUGGGGUUUUAUUGUGUUUUUCUUAAGAGAGAUGAUGUUCAU